AGGUUACUCAAUGAAGACGAAAAGAAGCCUUUUGUGGAGGAAGCUGAAAGACUUCGAGUUCAGCACAAAAGAGACUAUCCAGACUACAAAUAUCAACCACGUCGCCGAAAACCAUUGAAAGGACAGCAGCAAAGCAAUGACAACAAUAGCCCACUUCCUCAUGGAAAUAUGUACAAAAACAUUGGUGAAUGUUCAUCUCCAAGUGACGAUUGUUCUAGCGAAUGCUCCAGUCAACCUGGUGGUUCGAAUGGUCCACCAACACCACCAGCAACACCCAACCAACACGAGGCAUUGAACCUCAAGUGCAUUUACGAUAGAAAGGCCAGAAUGAUGAACGGUAAGAUAUGCCUUUGGCUUUUGAUAUCAUUAUAA